AAGGCCGCUUAUACCACCCGACAAGAUGCCUUGUAAAUGUCCACAACCCAUGAUCUCACAUCCCAGAAUGCCCGGAUUGACUACUUCUCCUGGUUUCUUGACCUCAUUUGACUGCUCAGGGCAGGUUCACUUAAUUGUCGGAUCGAAUCCUCUCGCUGGGGCACGCUGCGCCAAGAGUCUGGAAGUCGGGGCGAAGGUUAAACUUAUUGCUCCGGACUCUGAAGCAUUACAUUACGGGCUGCGGCAACGGAUUGAAACUGGAGAGGUUCAAUGGAUUCGACGGGAGUUCCAAUCGGAAGACUUGACAACCUUGGGGAGGGUGGAGGUUGAUCUAGUCGUUGACUUGGUGUUUGUUACGUUAUCCAUUGAGUGUGCACAAUGCACUUACAUAUCUAAUCAUUGUCGGCGACUCCGAAUUCCCGUUAACGUUGCUGAUGCCCCACACCUUUGCAGCUUCACCCUACUGUCAACCUAUUCCGACGGGCCCUUACAGAUCGGGGUAACCACCUCCGGCAAUGGGUGCAAACUCUCUAAUAGGAUUAAGAGGGAAAUCACGAAUACACUGCCACAAGGUAUGGGUACAGCUUGCACCCGUCUGGGUAAGCUCAGGCGAAGACUGUGGGAAGAGGAUCACGGAGAGGCGGACAUUUUCGACGAGGAUGUAGAUGGCAUGGACCAGAAGAGCAAUUUCAACGCACUUAUUCUACCAGAAGACGUAGACGCAGCGAAAACUCGGCGGACACGCUGGCUCUCGCAGAUUUGCGAGUAUUGGCCCUUAGAAAAGUUGGCAGGGCUCACAGACGACGACAUCGGGUCUAUACUAGAAUCAUACAUCGACGCCAAUAAUUCCGGAGACGUUCCUCAACCGCUAGGCUCCCUCCCGCAUAGGGGCAGAAUACAACUUGUUGGUUCCGGCCCUGGUCAUCCAGAUCUCCUGACGACCGCUUCUGUGAACGCCAUAUCCUCCGCCGACCUAGUCCUAGCUGACAAACUCGUCCCCCAGCCCGUCCUCGCCCUAGUCCCGCGACGGGUAGUAGUCCAUAUAGCCCGCAAGUUCCCCGGUAAUGCCGACAAAGCCCAAGAAGAGUUCCUAAAACUCGGUCUUGAAGGUCUCCAGAAAGGCUUAAACGUCAUCCGACUAAAGCAAGGAGACCCAUACAUCUACGGCCGGGGCGCCGAAGAGUUUGAAUUCUUUGAGAGCCGUGGGUACACUCCCACCGUUCUCCCGGGAAUAACUUCCUCGCUGUCAGCGCCUCUGUUCGCCUGUAUACCACCUACCCAUCGAGGGGUCGCGGAUCAGGCACUCAUCUGCACAGGCACAGGUCGGAAGGGCACUGCGCCAGAGAUACCCGAGUAUGUUAGUACGAGAACGACGGUGUUCCUGAUGGCUUUGCAUAGGCUUGGAGAAAUGGUUCGUGACUUGGAGAAGAAGGGUUGGCCGAUGGAGUUGCCCUGUGCUGUCAUCGAGAGAGCAAGUUGCUCGGAUCAGAGGAUCGUGAGGUCGACUCUUGAGAAUGUAUGUUUUGCGGUUGAGGAGGUAGGAUCUCGACCACCGGGACUGAUUGUUGUAGGGUGGGCGUGUGAGGUUGUGAAAAAGCUGGAUGGGAAGAAAUGGGUUGUUGAGGAGAAGGGGUUUAAUCUUUAGGUCCUAUUUCUUGUUGGAGUUGUGUUUAGGAAUUUGUUGAUUGGAUUUUUGGACCGAUGGAUUUUUUUCCUGUAUAUAACGGCAUGUGUUAAAUCGUCUUUUCUGCCACGCU